UCCGACGAAGAGUCCGACGCCGAGAAACAGGAGGUCAAGCCGGAAGAUGAGCAGAAGAAUGCGCCAGACCAGAAGGCGGGAACAGCCACCAAGGGCCCCAGCGGCACGCCCUCGGGCAGCAGCAAGCUGAAAGCUGGCCCUGACUCCAAGAAGGUCAACAAUCUGAAACGGCCCGGUUCUCCCAACCUUUCCGAGAUGGAAUCUAGCGGAAACGAAUCAUCGCGGAAGAGGGCCAAGAAGGCUGCCACGGGCUCUGUCCGAGACAGCCGUGCAUCCACCCCAGUGUCGCAGCGGCCCAAGAAGAUCCCUGGUGCCUCCAGUGAUGGCGAGGCCACUGCGACCGAGAUGUCGGACAGCGGCCGGCCCAAGGCUCUCAAGAAGAAAUCCAAGCUGGUCGUUGGAUCUCAUGGCAAGGGAACCCCAACAGGCUCGAGGGCUGGCAGUCCCGUCCCUGGCUCGUCGCAGCUUCCUCCAGGCUCGCAAACUCCCAGCCGUGCUACUAGCCCCUCGGCUCCAAACUCAUCACCGCCGCUCACAGCGGAGGACAUCAUCGCAUGCCUGAACGCUCACCCUGAGGGCAUGAACAUUAGCCAGAUGGCGCAAUACUUUAAGGGACCGCGUAUGAGCGAUAGGAAGCUCUUCAUCACGCUUGUUAAGAAUAAUGCCAAGUGGGGCCCGGACAAGCUCUUGCGCCCCAAGGGCGCGUGAGUGUGUACACUCGCCGCUCGGAGGGUCAUCAUGGGUCAGCAGCAUCCAAAAACAGAUGUGGUUUGGCUGGGGAAAACUUGAAAUUCGAAGACCCCAGUCCAUAUAUGCAUUAGUUCACAGCGGACCAAGUAAGGCCAAACUGUGGCAUGCUGCUAGCCACGAAGUAGUGAGAAGACAGAAAAGUCUUCACUGGCCCAUCAUUGUGUCUGUGGGGACAUGGCCACGCCACUGGUCGUCCACGUAUGUUCAUAGAUGAUUCAUAGCCAAGCAAUCGGCAGCGCCCUCUAUGAUGGUAAAGCAGGAUAGUCACCGAGAAUGCAAAGGACUUGAUACG